CACUUCUGCGCAUGAUGUGGCUGUGGACGGCGCUCACCCUGUCUGCCGCUGGCAGCCCAGCACUAUCCUCAGCUUUCGUGAUCUAUCACCGCGUCAUCGGCUCUUCACGAAGUCGGGCCAAGCCCUGGCUGCAGAUGAGGCCGUCAACAGACACUCAGCAGCAGAGGAGUGCUGAGAGCGAUGCGCCAGCACAGCAAUCUGCAGUGGACAGAGAUGGGAGGAGGAGGCGGCCGACGGAGCCGCCGAGUCAAGACCCGUUCAUCCAGCUGGCGUGGUAUGCGUCAGAGAAGCUCGGCGAGGUCACCGCCCUCUUCCGGCCGAAACAGCCUGCAAAUGAUGCUCAAAUUGUCGGGCAAAGGGAGCCUCUGAACCUGGAUGACGCCAAGCAGCGAUUGCGUGAGUGAGGCAUUGCAGACACACACACACACACACACACACACACAGAAGGAAGCUUUGGGCAGAGUGCGGGGGUGCUGUGUUGCUGUGCGGUGCGCCCGUGCGUGCGUGAUCGUUGUGUGUGCAGGGGGUGAUCUUGACCGGAUGUAUUUCGUCAAUGGUGAGUCUUGAGAAACAUAACUAACUGACUGACUGACACACAUGGACAUGGAUCGCCUGGACGGGAUGCAGGGGACAUGGAUCUUGACCUCUACGAGCCCGACUGCACCUUCGAGGACCCUUUCGUGAGCCAAUGAGCCAAGACACCGAACGAAUCAGAUAGAGCAACUGUCGUCAUACAUUUGGCCGCUCUGCACUUGAUAGAUACAAGGUGUGCUGUGCCGUUCUCUCCCUCCCUCCCUCCCUCCCUCCCUGCCUCCUCUGUAUGCCUGUGGUCACUGCAACGUGCACUGACUGCAGGUGUCCUUCACAGGUCUCUCACGCUUCAAGAAGAACCUCGACAACCUCGCCCCCUUCAUGACGGAGGGCGACCUCACACUCACCAAGUGGACGGAAGACACAGCGCCAGACGGCGGCCUCAUCAUCCGCACCAAGUGGCGCUUCCGCAGCGUCAUCGGCGUGCCGUGGCAACCGCUGCUGGCAGCGGCGGGCGGCACCGACUACUACUUUGACGCCGGGACCAACCGUGUCAGUCGUCAUGUGGAAAGUUGGGACAUUGAGGUGUGGGAUGCGCUGAAACAGCUGCUGCGGCCCAACCCUGCUGCGAGCGUCGCACAGAGGAGACGACUGAGAGAGAAAGAGAUGCAGAGAGAGGGGCAAGGGCAGGGGCAGGGGGCGAGGAGGGAAGACACCCAGUGAGGCGGGCGGGCAGGCAGGUCGGUCGGCAGUUUGUGAGAGUUUUUUGUCUCGUGUAGUAGAUAGUCAGGCAAGGAGUCUGUCUGGUUUUGGUCGCAUUGCAUUUCAGUCACGUGUACAUGUGAAUGGAUGGACCCAUGUAGCUAGCUAUCUAUCUAUGUAUCGUGCGUUCUCGUGGCCCACUGCGAUGGACAAUGCGAUAGUGGACAGACAGACAGACACACCGACAUGCGAUGGUAAACCACUACGGUGUGCGUCAUUUCUGGCUGGCUGGCUGGCUGGCUGUCUGGGGAGAGACUGAGGG